AGUCGAUGUUUGAAGGGAGAUUCCGAGCAGCAGCAGCAGCAGGAUCUAGUAGUACGUUUGGUUGCAUGACGUUCGGAGUUCGGAGAGUUCUGAUUUAUUUGGUACUUUUUUUUGUGUGCAAAAUAUUGCAAUUUUGAGCAAUUCCUUUACUUACGAUUUUUAGCUGAAGAAGAGUAAACGCGUCACCGAAGGACACCGAGCAUGGAGGACCAACCGAAGGCAGAAGGUGAGGCGGACAAAAAGAUUGUCCAUGUUUAUCCGCUGGUAAAGUUUUCCGAUAUGAAUGACGAUGUCCGAGCCGAGGCGAUAGAAUUGAGCAUUACAGCGUGUGAGAAAUACGCACAAAACUACGAGGUUGCGGCCAAAACGAUUAAAGAGCUGAUGGACAAAAAGUUUGGCACCUUCUGGCAUGUGGUCGUCGGCGAAGGUUUCGGGUACGAGGUGUCGUACGAAACGAAGAACAUACUGUAUCUGUUUUUCGGUGGCAAUUUGGCGAUCGUACUGUGGAAGUGUUCCUAGACUCGUUCGUUGUUUCCUUUUUUUGUGCUUAAGUAGUCAUACAUCAGUAAAUUGGAAUUGGAAUAUGAGCCAGAUAAAUACACAUACCGGCUGUUGAUAGCGAUUUGUUAA